ACACAGCCAACGGAGACAGAAGUAAAGAACUAAAGGGAGUUGGCUGCUGCUGCUGCUGCAGGGGUAGGUUCCUUUCCUUCUUUAAACGCCUCGUUUAGCAGCGGAUCAAUUUGACCAGACGAAGUGUUUAAGGCGUUAACCAAAAUCAAAGCUUUCCUGUUACAUGGUAUAAAAGUAAUCAGGAAUCGUGUGAGCGGAGUCGGCUUUGGUAAAGCGCGCCAUGGACAUCUUCAACAAGCUUCGGAACCUGGAUGCGUACCCAAAGAUCAAUGAGGAUUUCUACAGCAGAACCCUCUCCGGUGGUGUUAUCACGCUAGUCUCCUCUGUUGUCAUGCUCUUGCUUUUCAUCUCCGAACUCAGAUUAUACCUCCAUGCAGUUACUGAAACAAAGCUUGUAGUGGAUACCUCAAGAGGAGAAACCCUACGUAUAAAUUUCGAUGUCACUUUUCCUGCCCUUUCAUGUUCUAUUCUCAGUCUGGAUGCCAUGGAUAUCAGUGGGGAGCAACAUCUUGAUGUGAGACAUGAUAUAAUCAAGAAAAGGCUUGAUUCUCAUGGGAAUGCAAUUGAAUCUAGGCAGGAUGGAAUUGGUGCACCCAAGAUUGAAAAGCCUUUGCAGAGACAUGGUGGGCGGCUUGAACACAAUGAGACAUACUGUGGUUCAUGUUAUGGUGCAGAAGUGUCAGAUGAUGAUUGCUGUAACUCAUGUGAAGAAGUUCGUGAAGCAUAUAGAAAGAAGGGAUGGGGGCUGUCAAAUCCAGAUUUGAUUGAUCAGUGCAAAAGAGAAGGAUUUCUUCAAAAAAUUAAAGACGAAGAUGGUGAAGGAUGCAAUAUUUAUGGGUUCUUGGAAGUUAACAAGGUGGCUGGAAAUUUUCAUUUUGCCCCUGGCAAAAGCUUUCAACAGUCAAAUGUUCAUGUACAUGAUUUGCUGGCUUUCCAGAAGGAUAGUUUCAAUAUUAGUCACAAAAUAAACAGAUUAGCUUUCGGUGAAUAUUUCCCAGGCAUUGUGAAUCCUCUUGACAGGGUGCAAUGGGUGCAACAAACACCAAGCGGAAUGUAUCAGUAUUUCAUCAAGGUUGUCCCCACUGUAUACACUGAUGUAAAUGGGCACACUAUCCAAUCAAAUCAGUUCUCUGUAACCGAGCAUUUUAGGAAUGCAGAAUUCGGAAGACCUCAGUCUCUUCCUGGAGUUUUCUUCUUUUAUGACCUUUCCCCAAUUAAGGUGACCUUCACAGAGGAACAUGUGUCAUUCUUACACUUCCUGACUAGUGUUUGUGCUAUAGUUGGAGGCAUUUUCACUGUUUCUGGAAUAGUAGAUUCAUUUAUAUACCAUGGCCAGAAGGCAAUAAAGAAGAAGAUGGAAAUUGGCAAAUUCAGCUGAUGUUUUCGCCAUUGCAUUUCAUGUUUCAGUCUUGUUGGCCCACUUGAUGUUGCACAUGGCCAUGGCUUUCUGUGGAAAAUUGAUGAAUGGAAAGAGAACCGAUAGAAUGGGUUUCCCCUACAACUAGAAAUGUCGUCCUUCAAAUGAGAUUUUUUUUUUUUUUUAAAUUUUGUUAUUCUAACAACUUUUCUCAAGUUUUUGUCAUUAAACUGGCAAUGUAUUUCUAUUUGAAAGUAGAGGGCAAUGGGUGCCUUUAUCAAGAAGACUGCUUAAUACCUCUCCUGAAACCGUUGUAGUUGAUCAGUUUCGGAAAUUAAAUAGUUGCUUGUGCAGUUGAGUGCCCA